AUGGAUGCUCCCAAAUCCUAUUCAUUUAAAAAUAAAACGAGAUUGUCAAAGGAGCCUCAGCUCCCGCGCCGCGACCAAGACGCCGGCCACGGCAGCCUGGGGGUGGAGGAGCCCCGGGAAGCAGCGGCCGCCGGGAAGGCAGCGGCGACCGCGGCGUUUGGGGCGGGAGGAGAGGUGGCGGCAGAGCGUGCGCACGCAGCAGCCUGGGGAGGUGAAAAAGGGCCGGUGGGUGCGCCAGUUGCCUGCCGGUUGGACCAGGAGCAUGUUGGUGAGGAGGACCAACAGGAGGAUGCUGUGGAGGAGGAGCAGGGAUUGGCGGAGGAAGAGCAGGAGGAGGAGGCGCGGAGCAGCGGUGGCCCCCAGGGGCCCCGGAGGCAGCUGUUUGCCCAGGAGCUGGCCGAGGAGGGGGCCGCUGCGGGCCCGCAGCCCCAGGACCAGCGCUCAGGCUCCGCCCGCCACAGCACCAAGAACCGCGUGCAACUGAGGAAAAUGAAGAGCGUUUUCCUGUACACUGAGUACCCGCACGUGUUGGUGAGGAAGAAUCUGGCAAUGAACCUGAAUGUGAGCGAGGCCAAAGUGCAGGAAGAAAAAUAA